UUUUCUUUCUUCUUCUUCUUCGAAUUGACGGGCCCUUCAGCGCUACAUCUUAAUAAGCUUUAUUUUUUACAAAGAAAAAAGAGAAAUUUUAUCAAAUUUUAGAAUGGCUUACCAAAUGUACCGCGCUAGUACUUUAGGCAAAACUCUACAAGAUACUAUAGAAGAAUUUAUGCAAUGGGGCCAGAUACCACAGUCGUUGGCCUACAAGAUGUUGCUACAAUACGAUCUUAGUGUCAAUAAGGUGCUCCCUCAGCGCGCCCACGCACGCGUCACCUUCAAGGCUCGCAAGCUGGAGAAUUAUCGCUGCUGCGAUAAUGUCUGGACCUUGAUCCUGAGCGAUGUGACGUUCUGCGAGCAGAACGAGUUUCUGAAGAUUGACCGUCUCAAGAUUGUCUCUUGCGAUGGGCGCGUAGGUGCCUGCCGCUGA